AUGAAUUAAUAAAGUGUGUUCAAUUCAAAAUUGCAAUAGGCCUUAGAUUGUCUUGUUGACGAUGCUCUCAAACCAUUUGAUCCUUAUAGAUUUGUUACUAUAAUGGAAACAAAAUAAAUUUAAUAAGGGAGUGCUGAAUAACCAAAUAAAGUUAAUAAAGAGAUUCCACACGAAUUGAAAAGUUAAAAAACUCGUGAAACUCUAUACUUAUUAUAAAAUAAGAUUAAGCAAGAAUUACAUGUAUUUUAUUUACUAAAUGAAUUUAGGAAAGAUUUUCAAAUAUUACUACAAAAACAAAUAUUCCAACAGUACUUGAAUAAUUUGAGGAGCAAUACUAUUAAAGAUAAUGUCUACGAAACUUAGACAUAUAUUAGGAUUAGAGAGAAUUCUUAAUUUGUUCAUAGAAUUACGAUGAAGAUAAUCUUAUAAAUUCACUAAUUAAUGAAGCUAUUUUUGAUUCAAUAUAAUAAAAUAUAUGA